UUGCAGGUGCCCCCGAACGUCGGCGAGCUCGUGCAUCUUACCCGGCUCAAUGUGAGCUACAACAGCAUCUCCAAGCUGCCGCCCGAGGUGGCGGGCUUGCGCAAUCUGAAGUAUCUGAACAUGGUGAAGAACAAGCUCAAGGAUUUGCCGCAGGAGAUGACGCAGAUUGAUACUCUGGAGGAGCUCAAUCUCAGCAUUAACAAGAUCGCCGAGCUCCCGCGCGGCUUUGGAUCCUACAACCACCUGCGCUUCCUCGAUCUCUCUUUCAACUGCCUCACCGAGCUCUCGCCGCAAAUCGGUCUCCUCUCCACCCUCAUCGAACUCCACAUCUCCUUCAACAAGCUCAAGUCCCUCCCUGCUGAGAUCGGCCGAUGCACCAACCUCGAGAUCAUCAAGAUGGGCAACAACUGCGUCACGAAGCUGCCGCACGAGCUCGGGCAGCUGGAGAAGCUCCGAUCGCUGGACGUGUCCAAGAACAAACUCAAGCUGCUCCCGCCCGACCUUGGCGAGCUGCACGAGGUCCUGGUGGAGUUCUCCACUUCGCUCAACCCCUUCAUCAAGGAGCUGGAUCUGAACGCACGCAAGGGACGGGAGAAGCUCCUGGAGUACCUCCGAUCCGAGGAAUACGACAAGCUCUACUUUUCCAAAAUGGGAGAGCAGAAGGAAAGCGAUAAGCUCUCGGAGAAGGACACCAAGUACUGA